AAAUUUAUGGUAAAGAUUAAAUUAUCAACCGAUAUAUAAAAGAAAAAUAAUUCUAUGCUUGCACUAUCAAAACAAAAAUUGACCGCACAGGGGUUUAGGGCUUUUUGAAUUAGGGUUGCAAACGUAAGAUUUUGAAUGAUCUGAUACACAUGGAUUGAAUUUGUCGACGCAAAUCGUUAGUUCACAGUAGACUGUAACAUGCUUCAUUGUAGAAUUUUGUGCCGGAGAAACCUCACUCUCCGCCGCAAAUAUCCCAGUUGUGUUGCUUCUGUUUACACGCACAAUCCUAAUUCAGGUGACAUUUUAGAAAAUGAUCACAAAAGAUUGUUCAAAUCGUUGCCAAUUCAUCUGGUUUCCCGUUCAAUUUUUCAUACUAUCAGCAUAGAAAAAACCCCUAAAUUUGUAAGAAGCUAUUGUACUAAGAACCCUAAUUCCAGCGAAUGGACUGAGGAAAUAGAGUAUUUAGAUGAAAAGGGAGGUGUUCUUUACACUGGUAAAGGUGUUCGUUCCGUCGAACCUGGUAUUGAUGACCAUGUAAUGUCUGGUGGGAUUAAGAAGCCAUUUUUGAAUGCUUCAGCAGUAACAAAACUUGUAGAGAUAGUCAAGAGAUGGAAAUGGGGACCUGAAAUGGAAACCCAGUUGGAUAACCUUCAAUUUGUACCUAAGAUAACUCAUGUUAUUCAAGCAAUUAAGAUUAUCAAUGAUGGUGAUAUGUCAAUGAGCUUGUUCCAAUGGGCUAAGAGGCAAUCAUGGUAUGUUCCUAAUGAUGAAUGCUAUUUACUAUUGUUAGAUUCAUUGAAUAAAAGUAGGGAUUUUGAUAGAAUUCAAUCAUUGUUUGAUAUCAUGAUUCAUGAUUCUGUUGAUACUGGUAUUGCUUCUUUAAGUGCUUAUAAUCUUGUUAUUGAGUUUUUAGCCAAGGCUGAGAAAUUAGAGUCGUCAUAUUAUUGUUUUAAGAAGAUUCAGGAAGCUGGUUGUAAAAUUGAUACACAAACUUAUAACCAUCUUAUAGGCUUGUAUUUGAAUAAGGGUUUGCCUUAUAAGGCGGUCGAGGUGUAUGAGAGUAUGGAAGCAUGUGAAUGCUUGUUAGAUAGGUCGACUUAUGAGUUAAUGAUACCAAGCUUGGCGAGAUCUGGUCGCCUGGAUGCUGCUCUUAAACUUUUUCAGGAAAUGAAGCAGCGGAAUAUUCGUCCUAGCUUUCCCAUUUUCACAUCUUUGGUUGAUUUGAUGGGAAAAGCGGGGAGGUUGGAAAUGUCGAUGAAGUUGUAUAGGGAAAUGCAGGGCUUUGGAUAUAGGCCAUCGGCCACAAUGUUUGUUUCACUAAUAGAGUCUUUUGUCAAGGCUGGGAAGCUAGAAGCAGCUCUUGGGCUUUGGGAUGAAAUGAAGGAUGCUGGUUUUAGGCCAAACUAUGGACUUUACACUAUGGUUGUUGAAUCUCAUGCGAAGUCGGGGAAGCUUGAAAUCGCAACUUCUAUAUUUCUGGAUAUGGAGAAUGCAGGAUUUCUACCUACCCCAUCGACUUACUCAUGUCUAUUGGAAAUGCAUGCUGCCUCUGGACAAGUUGAUCCUGCUAUGAAACUGUAUAAUUCAAUGACAAAUGCGGGUUUAAGACCGAGUCUUAGUACUUGUAUGUCACUUUUGACCCUUUUAGCUAGUAAGAAGCUUGUAGAUGUAGCUGCCAAAAUUCUGCUCGAAAUGAAAGCCAUGGGAUAUCCUGCCGAUGUUAGUGCUAGUGAUGUACUUAUGGUCUAUAUCAAUAAUGGGUCUGUUGAUCUUGCUUUGAGGUGGCUACGGUUCAUGAGUUCAUCUGGGAUAAGGACCAAUAGCUUCAUUAUCAGACAACUCUUCGAGUCAUGUAUGAAAAAUGGAUUGUAUGAUUCUGCCAAGCCUCUUCUUGAAACAUAUGUGAACGCGGCUGCAAAAGUCGAUCUUAUAUUGUACACUUCAAUUCUAGCUCAUCUUGUGAGAUGUCAGGAUGAGCAAAGUGAGAAGCAUUUGAUGUCCAUUCUUAGUACAACAAAGCAUAAGGCACAUGCCUUCAUGUGCGGUCUCUUCACCGGUCCAGAGCAAAGAAAACAACCCGUUUUAUCUUUUGUUCGGGAAUUCUUUCAAGGAAUCGAUUAUGAAUUAGAAGAGGGGGCUGCUAAGUAUUUCGUGAACGUACUCCUCAAUUAUCUUGUCUUAAUGGGGCAGAUAAAUCGUGCACGUUGUAUUUGGAAAGUUUCUUACGAGAAUAAGCUUUUCCCAAAGGCAAUAGUCUUUGAUCAGCAUAUUGCUUGGUCCCUUGAUGUCAGAAACUUAUCAGUCGGAGCUGCCCUCAUUGCUGUUGUUCACACCCUUCAUCGGUUUAGGAAACGAAUGCUUUAUUAUGGUGUCGUACCUCGAAGGAUUAAACUUGUUACCGGACCAACUCUGAAGAUUGUAGUUGCCCAAAUGUUGAGCUCCGUUGAUUCUCCAUUUGAAGUUAGUAAAGUUGUUUUGAGAGCUCCAGGUGAUUCCGUCUUGGAAUGGUUUAAGAAACCUAUUGUCCAAAAGUUCCUAUUAAACGAGAUUCCAUCUCGAGCUGAUAUUUUGAUGCACAGGUUGAAUAUAUUGUUUCCCAGCUCCGCGCCAGAAAUGCGAUCUUUAUCCCCACCUAAGUCUCUUCUUGGAGGCAAGACAUCUUGAAUCGUGGUGUACUAUACAUACAUACAUAUAGUUUUGAGAAUCGGGUCUUAUCUCAGCUGAAGCAUGUACAACUUUCCAAAGGUGGAACUUGUUCGUUUCUCAUUGCCCUACUCUCCCUAACCUGCUCCUCUCCUUAGCCUACCCUGUAACCGAAGAAAAGUCGAGAAUUAGAUACCUAUUGAUUCUAGCUUUGUUGUACCGGUAUUCCAAUUUGUUAGAACUUGAUAUCAACCUUUUGCUAGUGACUUCCAUUAUUGUAAACAAUGAUGCUCCAUUUUAAGUGUUGUAUAUAUGGUUAUAUGUUUUAUGGU